GCAUGAGUACGCCCCAGUCAGUAUUAUAGACAUAAACAUUAACAUUAACAUUAACAUUAACCUAGCCCAGUGCCGAGUGACUGCGAAAAUGUGCCAUACAACCAAGCAUUGCCAAAGCGAGACAACAAACAGCCAAAGCAGCAGCAGCAUUAGCAGCAGCAGCAGCAGCAAUAGACAACACAUUUGCAGUUGCAACAGCAGCAGCAGCAGCAGCAGCAGAGGCAGCAGAGGCAGCUUUCGCAUUCACAGUUAUACGCUGAUCAUGGCUCUGGCUGCGCUGCUGCUGCCAUUGACACAGGCCCGCCAUUUGCACGAUCAGCUGGCGCUAGGCUUCGCCUACGACGACGCGGACAGCUCCAGUGGCAGCGCCAGCCUCAGCCUCAACUCCGGCGACAGCGAGAGCGAAAGCGACAGCGACAGCAACAGCUCCGAAUCCAGCGACUCGCUGCCGGCCUGGCACGUGAAUCCGUUCCACGGACUGGCCGAUAGCUUCGGCGAUGCCAGCUACGACAGCGACGCCAGCAGCAGCAGCUGUAAUGGUGGUGAGGUUCGGGUUCAGUUUUUGCCUUUCGUUUGGCCAUCUACCAAAAAUAAAAAAAACAAACGGCCGUGGCUGUUGCCUAACCGGGUGCAUAGGGAUUGGAGGUUCGCACUUCUUGCUAAUACUCGGACAAUAGCUCGUCGGACUGGUCGGGGUUUUUUCCUUUCCCUUUUGCACUUACCAUAAACACAUAGUUUAAGUGCGAUCAAAAAAAAUAAAAAAAAA